AUGUCGUCAGAAACCAACUAUAAAAAACGUCGCCGCGAACCCUUCAAUGUCGACGUCAAACAAGUCGAGAUUUACGAGGACCUCGCCAAUGAAAAAGAUGAGGUCCGACUAAAAGCUGCGCAUGAACUGGUCUCGCGAUUUACUCCAGAGAGCAAGCCGACUGAAGAUCAGAUUCGAAAAGCGCUUCAAAGGCUUUUUCGUGGUCUUUGCAGUGGUCGGAAAGCGGCUCGGGUUGGGUUUUCGAUUGCCUUGACAGAGGUGCUUGCACAGGUGUUUGGGUCCAAGCAAUCUGCUGAGUCGUCGGAAAUCAGUGUUUCUGAGGCAGUUAAGAUUUUCUCAUCUGUGACAGAUCCAUCAGGCGGUGAACCUGGCCAAGAACGAAAAGAUUACUAUCUUGGCAGACUCUUUGGAGCCGAAGCCAUCAUCAAAUCUUCCAUUUUGUUUCAAUCUGGUGUUCCACUCGAAGAAUGGAACACUGUCGUAGGUAUAAUCAUUGACAUUGGCAAUGCCAAGCCCUGGCUACGUGAAGAGUCUGGCUGGGUUCUCUAUCGAGCACUCCACGAACUAGCAACUCAGAAAGCCGAUGUCAAAUACUGCGAAAAAAUGAUUGAAAUCAUCAGCUCAAACGGCUUUGUGAAAUCGCCCGAGGGAGUUGCAAUGUGGCUUUUGAUCCAGGACUCGUUUCCCAAUGCAAAGCUUCCUCAGGAUGUUUGGAAGUAUAAUAACGAUCCGCUUGACCGCCAUGAUAGGCGCACCCUUGCGAAGAUUAUGAAGCAAGUAUCUGAGGCCGAGGAUCAGUCCGCCGCGUUGGGUGUUUGGAAUUCACGGUUGAAUUUUGCCUGGGACGCUGUUUUGAGUAGACUCGCAGACUCUAAGCCAGAGGGUAAGAAGGAGAAGAAGGACAAGAAGGGUGGAAAGGAAUCAUCCCGUAUCACUUUUGAAGAAUUCUGGACAGAGGUUGUUGACGACGGCCUUUUCGCUGCUGCUUCUUCCGAUGAACGCAAAUAUUGGGGCUUUUUGCUCUUUAUGAAGAUCGUUGAUGAAGGCACCCUUCACCGCGCAGAAGUCAUCUUCACCAAGAACGUCGUCAGAUGUCUCAUGAAUCAACUUGCCGUUGAAGACAGAUACCUCCAUCGCAUGGCGGUAAAAGCAGCCAAGACGAUCCAGAAGCGAGUAUCAAAAGAACCAUCCUUUGCUUCAGUUGCAGUUAAAGGCCUUCUCUCUGGGUCCUUGCAAUUCGACCAAAUUACGAAAACGAAAACCGUGGAGAAGAUUGUCCUCGAAGCUGAUGCGGAAUCCUUACAAAAAGUUAUCGAACGAUUGGAGCGCUUGAUUGCCACUCCGGGCUUGGAUGAGGCCAAGGCAGCUGCUUCGAGCCGUCAAUAUCUUGCUGAUCUGUUCGUAUCGAUUGUCAGAACUCGAAGCCCCGCUGGUGAAGAGUUCACACCUGUCUUGCAGUAUAUUCUCUCAAUUUUGGUGCGCUAUGCCUACUUUGGUGACGAACAAGGAGAACAGAUCGCCAAUCCAGCUAUAUCCUCGGCUACUCAAGAAUUGUUCCGCAACAGGAUCAAUAGUUGCUUGAACAGUCUAAUUAGCAACAUCAAAGACCCAGCCGAAGUUGCAUUUGCGAUUGUGCGUCAAAUUCGCGACUACCAGAAGUCGGAGGAAUACGGCAAAUUCAUUAUCGAGAUUGAUGGAACCAUUGCUGAGUCUGUUGAUGCGGCUUUCAAGUCGCUCAAGAAGCUUUCUAGCAAGGUAAAACAAGAUGACAAAGGCACCAAAGACGCCAGUGUCCAAGCCUUCCGUCUCGUUUACUCCUUGACCAUUUUACAAGUCUACAACGGCGAUGCUGAUGCCGUCUCUAUGCUCGACGAACUUGCAUUCUGCUACUCCAAGUUCUGGGGCGACAAGAAAUCCAAGAAAGAGGAUAGAUCCGAUGCAUCUAAUGCUUUGGUGGAGAUCUUGCUGAGCUUUGCAUCCAAGCCUUCGAAGCUGUUCCGUCGUAUGAGCGAGCAAGUCUUUGGCGUGUUUGCGGAUCAGAUUACUGCUGAUGGGUUGCAAUCUCUGAUAUCGGUCAUCGAGGUCAAAGAGAAUUUGGCUGGCCAGCAGGAGAUGUUCGACCAACAAGAUGAUGACGAAGAUGAAGAUGAAGAUAUGGAAGAUGCUGAUAGCCUCGACUCUGAUGUUGAAGUAGUCGACGCCGACGAGGAAGGCAGUGACGAUGACUCCGAUGACGAGGACGAUGAGGAAGAGGAGGAGGAGGAAGACGAAGAAGAACUAGCCGCCUUCGACGCCAAACUCGCCGAAGCCCUCGGCACCCACCAUCCCAACGACGACAAUUCCUCAUCAGAUGCAGACAUGAACGACGACGAAAUGGAAGCGGUCGAUGAAAUGCUCGUCAAGGUAUUCAAAGCGCGCCAGCAAGCAACCACCAAAAAGAAGGACAAACAAGACGCAAAGGAGACAAUGACCAACUUCAAAAACCGUGUCUUGGAUUUCCUGGAGAUUUAUGUUAAGAAAUGUCAUACCAGUGUCCUGGCACUGGAUUUGAUUCUGCCCUUGCUGCGGUUGACGCGUAAAUCGACUGUGAAGCAGAUCUCACAGCGGGCGAAUGAUGUGUUGCGCGAAUAUACUCGUCUUUGUAAGGGAAACGCAAUCCCCUCGCUAUCUACCGACACCGCAGAUGAUGAUGAGGAAGAAGACACCAUCGAACCAGUCUGGGACCUCCUCCGCGCCGUCCACAAAGAAGCAAUGAUAUCCGGACCAGCAGCACACUCUUCCUCGGCAAGUCAAGCAAGUAUAUUCCUCGUCAAGGUGCUAGUGGCGCAGGACAAACAAAACAUUUCGCAAAUCGUGGAUAUCUAUGCGGAGACGAGAAAGGCGCAGAUGUUGAGUAAUAAAUGUCAUGUGCAGCCGGGAUUCUUUACGGAUUGGAAUAAUUGGUGUGUGAAUGCUGGGAAGAAUAUGAAAAAUUAG